AUGCCCUCGCCGUUGCCCGACCCCGACCCCGCGCCCACGCCCAACUCCACCGCAUCGGACUCUCCGCCGCACAACACGCCUGUCCCCGCGCCCACGCCCACGCCCAACUCCGCGCUCAUGCCCGACCGCCCGUCCACGUCGCACGUCGCGCCCACGCCCGCGCCCAACCCCAACCCCGCGCCCAUGCACAACCGUCCCCCAUCCAUAUCGCACUUCGCGCCCACGCCCGACCCCGCGCCCGCAUCCAUGGCUAUUAGCACGCCCACAUCGACGCACAAGCCGACGCCUACAUCCGCGCCUGCGCCUGCGCGCGCCCCCCCUAACGUUCCGGGGCCAAUGGCUCCGUUGCAGUUCAUGGUCGGGAAUCCAUUGAACAUAUUGCGGGAUGCGGCGGCACCGCCGUUGCCCAACCUGGUGACCCCCGCUAUGGAUGCCCUUGUGGUGGCAGCAAGGACCGCGCCCCCGGAGUCAUCAAAGGCUGCCAGUCUGGGCCAGGGCGGACCAGGGACCGUGAAGAAGGCCGGUCGGAUGAGGGUUUCGAAGACGAGCCGCACGGCAAGAAAUCUCUAUGCACAUGUGUACCUAAGGGACAACCCGACGGCAACCACUGACGGGUUCGACUGUGCCUUCAAGGCCCUUGACGCCGUCACAAAGGAGGCGAGAGUAUGCAGAGCUGGACGCCCUGAAGACGAGGCUCUUGAAUGCAUCAUUGAUGCUUUCUUUGCCCUCACUGAGGAAGCGAGGAAGAUACUUCGGGUUUCCGAGAAGAAGGGGCGCAUCAGGAAAAAAUGGCAUUGCUAUGUCGACCUACUCACCUGUCGCUCAAUCAGGGAGUUAUGUAGUCCCCUGUAA